CCUGCAGAAGACCCCCCCUAUAAUCCUGGACCAGGACCCUGAUCAGGAGGUCGUCACCACCACUAAAACUGAGUCUGCAGAGCCUGAGGAGGAGGAGGAGCUGCUCAUAGUGAAGGUGGAGGAAACCACUGAGACCGCCACUGCCCACCAGGAGGCGUCAUCGAACCCUGCAUCAACAGAGGAGACAUCGACCCCCCCACAUCGCUCCCCACCACCUCAAAGGACGGCGGAAGACAGCUCAGUGAAAUGGAGGCCCAGAGACGUCCGACACACCUGAGCAGCCCUCUGAGCGAGCAGGAAGAGAAGAAGGAGGUGACAGGUGACUCCCCAGAGAAAAAAAGCCCAACCCGAUCACUGCUCUACUGGCCGGAGAGCAAGCAGUCUGGAGGAUCAGAGCAGCCUUCUUGUUCCUCAUACACAGCGGUCUCUGCAGCAGGAAGUUCAUUCAGCCUCACAGGCAAAGUGAGGUCAAUCCCAGAGCCUGACGUUAUUGUGAUUGACUCAGGACAGGAUGGCUGUGGUGGUCUGAUACCUGGAGCGUGUAGAAGGGAUGGAGUGGAGGGUGGAGGGUUUAACCAGGUCUCAGAACCCCUCCCUGCUGUGUCUGUCUUCAGGGGAAUCCACUUGGGACAUCUCUGCCCAUACCACCUCCCCUGUUACCAUGGAUAAAGUAAACCUCUCGCAGCAGAACUCUUGGUCAGGAGUCCAGCAAAUGGACCACUUCUCUGACCAGAACUUGGUCUACCAGUCAAUCAACACUCAGAACCAGAAUUCCUUGUCCCAGGAGCCCAGCCUCCCCUUCACCUGCUCCAUCUGCUCACGCCGGUUUUCCCACCACUGUAAGCUCCGCAUCCACGAGCGUGCCCACACCGGAGAGAAGCCACACAAGUGCCCUCAGUGCGACAAGAGGUUUGGACAGAUGUGCAGCCUGAAGCGGCACCAGAUGGUCCACACAGGGGAGAGACCAUUCCCCUGCCCCCACUGCGGGAAGGCGUUUGCCACUUCCACUAACCUGAAGGUCCACCAGAGCGUCCACACCGGAGAGAGACGCUUCAACUGCUCCAAGUGUGGCAAGAACUUCUCCUUCCUCAGUAACCUUAUCCGACACCAGGCGUUGCAUCGCAACAAGUGAAAGUGGUUCUUUGCUCAUUGCCAGUACUCAGGAUGUGAACAGUCACCUCUCCAGCAACCAGACCCAACUUCUAUUCUUUGGUCCAUACUGGGACUUGAACUGGCAACCAUCUGGUUCCUAACCCAAGUCUCUUUAGAAUGAGCUACUGCAGCCACUGGUCUUUAAGCCCUCUUGUCUCAAAAUGUCCCCAAAAAUCUUUAAAAAAACCCACAAAAUACUGGCAAGCAACACAGCCACAACCAAUAAAUGUGCCAUGUAAGAUUUAUAGUUGGGGUACAAAAAUGUAAGCAUUGACAGCAGUCAGUAGUCUGAAGAGAGUGAGGUGGAAAGGGGUGGGGGGCAUUAAUGCUUGAGACCCCUGAGUGCAGAAACAGCUGAUGAUGUGUAUCAGUGUGUCAGGUGUGAGAGAAACACACAGCUCUGAAGUGAAACCUUAUAAGUGAAAAAUACUAAGACCUUUUAUGUCCUGGUUCGCUUUUCAUACCUCUGCUCUCAUCAGGUGACCAACAAAGGACUGCCCCCCUGCUGCUUGACUGGCAGGAGAGCAGACAGAUUGGAGACACGGAGUGGCCAUCUUGUACACAGUACAAGAUGGCACCAGAUGCUUCACACUGGGGAGAGACCGUUCCCCUGCCCCCACUGCGAGAAGACGUUCUCCAACUCCACCAGCCUGAGGGUCCACCAGAGCGUCCACACUGGAGAGAGACACUUCCACUGCUCCAAGUGUGGCAAGAACUUCUCCUUCCUCAGCAACCUCAUCCGACACCAGGCGCUGCACCGCAACAAGUGACACAAAGAAACAGAGA